AUGUCUCACGAGUCCGUCUGGUUCUCGCGCCCGCGCUCUUACGGAAAGGGUGCCCGUGGCUGCCGUGUCUGCACGCACAAGGCCGGUCUGAUCCGCAAGUACGGCCUCAACAUCUGCCGCCAGUGCUUCCGCGAGAAGAGCACCGACAUUGGCUUCAUCAAGGUACGUCUACUGUGGGAAACCAAGAUACGGGCGCGGUGA